AUGAAAUCACACGAAUUAAAUGAGCAAACCGCACCGCCUAAUCUUCUAGUGAGCUCACUAUGGCUGCUGGUACACACCGUCUUCACCUGGGUAGAGCAUUUGUUGCGCUUGUUACGUCGUUGCCGGCAAGCGUUUCAUCACAUCCGGCCAGUUGGCACAGCGAUCGAAUCUUACCGCCUGAAACAUUCACAACACUACGUUAAGACGCAGCUCCGGACGGUAUCGAAAAUUCCCAAACAUCUCGUUGUGCUGCUCGGCCCGGAGCAGCCAGACUAUCAACGACUGGCACAGUUUAUCUACUGGUCGAAUGCGGCCGGUAUUGCAUACGUUAGUUUCUACGAUCAUAAAGGAACUCUUAAACGCAAUUACGAACAAAUGAAACGAUGUAUGAGUGAAGGCCCACUGGAGGAUAAGCAUUCCAUACUUUGGUCGGAUCAAGCAUACGUACCGGACGGUACAGAUCAGGGCAAACCACCAAAUACGAUCCGUACAGUAGUUAAUUUUCUUUCACCCGAAGAUGGCAAACAGGGACUGGUGAGCCUUAGCCGCUCGAUCGGCGAAUCCGUCCGGCGCCGAGAUCUGUUUGCAUCCGACGUGAGUAUCGAACUACUAGACAGCCGGCUACAGGCAUCGUCCGGCUACGUGCCCGAUCCGGAUUUGGCCGUUUACUUUGGCGAAGUUUGUUCCACGUACGGGUUGCUACCGUGGCAGAUACGAUUGACGGAGUUUCUGCCACUUGAGAGGCGGCUGGAUGAUAUCAACGAGCAGCAUUUCGUCCACUGUUUGCGUCGGUUUGCCAAAUGCGAGCAGCGUUUGGGUACGUAG